CGACGACUGUUCGCCCUGCCAUGACCAACGAAGCUCCGGACCCGCGGUCCUUCAAGACGUGGGAAGAUGCAUUUCAAUUCCCGGUGCCAGUCAUCCGCAAGCUGGAGCUGCAGCUCCGCGCCAACGCCAAUGAGAACCGCGAGAAGCUCCGGACUUUGGUGGGGGCGAGCUAUCGCGACCUCCUCGGUACGGCGGAACGGAUAGUCGAAAUGGAAGAGCACAUGCAACAGAUUGAGACAACCCUUGGAAAAGUCGGGCAAAAGUGCAACUCGCGCGCUGUGGAUCGCAUUGCAAACAACUACGCAGAACUGGAUAAACAAUGGAGGGCUCGCGACCAGGAUAGAUACGCCUUCGCGUCACAAAUGGCCGUUCUCCAGAGCUGUCCGAACGUAAUGACUCGGCUAUUGAAGAAGAAGGGCUCAUCUCUACUCAUCGCCAAGAUCCUUGUCAUGUCCCGAUUGCUGCACAAGUCUCUCUCCCAAUUGACGAGCAAGCCUCCAUACGUGGACCAUAUUCGAGAUCAACUAGCAUCCUUGCGCGGACGGCUGUUACGUCGAAUCGACAAGCAACUAUCCACCCCCACGGCUGAUAUCUCUAUGCUUGUCGAAAAUAUGUGCGCAUUUGCUCUAGCCACAAGCUCAACCCCGACAGAUGUUUUACGGCAUUUCCAUGGCGUCCGAAAGGAUGCUAUCGCCGAAUCAUUCGAGCACGAAGAAAAUGUCCAAGAAUUCAUCUUGAAGGCAUUGAAACUCUGCGUUAAAACGCUACAGGAUACUCAGGCCAUCUUUCCGCGGCGAUUGGCAGACUCGUUAGCGAAGCUCAAAUUACAGCCGCUCAUGCGCGACCCUGAGAUUAGGAAUAUUACCGAACUCAACUUAGAUAUCCAUGAGCGAUGGCUAUCAGAAGAGGCCCGGAACUAUACUCCCUGGCCGCGCCAUGAUGAGCUUCAACGGGCUGAAGCGGAAAAAUUACUCAAAGCUUGGGCUAAGGACGCAAUCUCGGUAUUUUUAAAGGACACGAAAACGGCCCUUUCGAGCGUGCAAGAUCUCAGGGCAGUAGCGGUGCUGAGGAAAGAGCUUUUUGAAACGUGGCUGGCCUCAGGUAAUAGGGUACCUGGGCUAAAGUCUUCAGCAGUACUUGAUGACCUUCGAGAUGUGAUAAACACUCAACUGAGCACGAUAGCAAGCAAGCGAGCUGGAGAGCUUGAAAGUGUCUCGUCCGCUAUCACCAAAAUAAUGGAGCAGUGGCCCGCUGAUGAGGCAAAUACGAACACAAGCCUUUGGAAUACGACAACGUCCUUCUUGGAUAUUGGCGCGGGCGCUGAGACAUUCAAGAACGGCAUUCUAAAUAGAUCCCAUGGCAGAACGGAGCUCGUGCAACGAGUAGUAUCGGCCUAUGACACCUGGACCGAUCAGGUCUUGGAAGUCAAAACUAUCAUCAAAGAAAUGACAGACAUCCGGUGGGACGAUGAUAUUGGGGAUGAUUCUGCUGACUCCGACAACGAGUUUAGUCUUGAUUCAAAACAAGGUCUUUUGAGCGACGACGACCCUCGUAAAAUCGAAGAUGCCAUGCAAGAAGCGUUGUUAAAAGCGAUGGUCGAAUUGCAAAAAAGCAUGGGAGGGCUGAUCACUGAACUAGCAGCUGAUGUGCACGACGACACGAUAACGCGAGCCAUGUUUUUGAUUCGAGUUCUUCGAGAAAUCACGGAUCGUCAUCCGCGAUUAGCCCUUCGACGCCUUGGCAAAGAAUCGGCAUCUGGGCCGUUCAGCUCCAGCUUGAUCGAACCUUUGCAUUUGAUGGUUACAAAUUCCAUCUUGAGAUUUCCCCUCAGCACGUACAAAACUAGACUGGACAAGUCGACUUCUUCGAAAGUUACACGUGGUCGGAUUCUAUGGGAAGGGAACCCACAGCUGCCCGUACAGCCCUCGCCGAGCACAUUCAGGUUCCUGCAUGACCUCAAUCAGGAGAUGGGGCGAUAUGGAGGUGAUCUCUGGGCACCUGGUGCUGUCCGAACCAUCAAGAGCACUGGUGGCAAGCAAUUAUGUGAGCUACUGAAGGCUUCGGUUGAUAUAAUUACCUCUCAGCCAAUUCCUUCGCCAACAACGGAAAAGGGAGACACGAACGGAACCGAGGACGCCAGUGCAUACACUGAUGCUAAGAAGGACAAAGCCGUGCAACUGCUCUUUGAUAUUCUCUAUCUCCAGCGUUGCGUGGGACUAUCUGAUUAUAGCAUUCCUACAGAUACACAGUUCGAACUGCUGCUGGAUACAUUGUCGUCUGCAGCGCACCUUGAUUCAGUCGCACGAGAGAAGCUUGCGAAGAGCGCAACCGAUUAUCGGAAGAGAACUUAUCUUCUCUUUGCUCUGCUGUCGUAG